AUGUUAGACACACCUUCUCAGGCAAUGGAUGGUGCCAACUAUUCUGUGGUGUCUGGGUUUGUUUUCCUAGGACUCUCCAAUUUGUGGAAGAUCCAGCUCCUUCUUUUUCUCUUUUCUUCUGUGUUCUACAUGGCAAGUCUGAUGGGAAACCUCCUCAUUAUAGUCUCUGUGACCUAUGACUCUAGACUUCACUCCCCCAUGUACGUCCUGCUGGCCAAUCUCUCAUUGCUUGACAUCGGAGGUUGCUCUAUUGCAGCUCCCAAAAUGAUUUAUGAUCUUUUCAGAAAACAUAAAACCAUUUCUUUUGGUGGCUGUAUAGCACAGAUCUUCUUUAUUCAUGCAAUUGGUGGCACAGAAAUGGUGCUGCUCAUAGGUAUGGCCUUUGACAGAUAUAUGGCCAUUUGUAAACCUUUGCACUACCUGCUGAUCAUGAGCCCUCAAACGUGCUUGUUAAUUGUGGCUACAGCUUGGAUCCUUGGCCUUAUCCACUCAGUGGCCCAGUUGGCUUUUGUUAUGGACUUACCUUUCUGUGGCCCAAAUGUACUGGACAGCUUUUACUGUGAUCUUCCUCAGCUCAUUAAACUUGCCUGCACAGAGACCAAUCGACUGGAGUUCAUGGUCACAGCCAACAGUGGGCUCAUUUCUGUUGGGUCCUUCUUCAUGCUGAUCAUUUCUUACAUCUUCAUUGUGGUCACUGUUUGGAAACACACUUCAGCUGGUUUAUCCAAGGCCCUGUCUACUUUGUCAGCUCAUGUGACCGUGGUGGUUUUAUUCUUUGGACCACUAAUAUUCUUCUAUACUUGGCCCUUCCCUUUGUCACAAUGGGACAAGUUUCUUGCUAUCUUUGAUGCUGUUCUCACUCCUUUUCUGAAUCCAGUUAUCUAUACCUUCAGGAACAAGGAGAUGAAGGAAGCAAUGAGGAAGCUUUGCUAUCAGCUUGUGAGAUACCGAAAGAUCUCCUAA